AUUGACUUGAUGAUGAAUCUUAACUGCAGUGAUGCAUCAACUCUGAAGAAGCUCCUGACACAAAUCCUCAAGGAGCUGGAGCGAGCCAAUAGCACGAGUCCUCCUUCAAGUGAGGAUGAUGAUUAUGAUGAUGCAUACUUGUAUAUCCUGCUAAUCAUGAUCUUCUAUGGCUGCUUGGCAGGGGGGCUCAUACUGGCCUACACCAGAUCCACAAAGCGGGAGUCCAAAAAUGACCCCUACCACCUGUAUAUAGAGAGAGAAUGGGGGAAACAUGCCUUAGCUGCUCCCUCUGCGGACGAGAGCCAUCAAAGGGGGAGUAUCGAAAGUGAAAAUUUGCUUUGAAAAAUGGACACCAGACAGUCUUCUAGAUAUUUCUGGAACUGAAGGGUGUACAGAGAAGAAUGG